AUGGAGGUCGCUAGUACCUCCAUGAUCCAUGUGGCUGCUCCCCAGUUUCUGUGGCCGUUUGCGGUUCGGUACGCUGCGCAUCAGCUCAACCUCUGGCCUCGUGUCUCCUUGCCGGAGACCUCGCCGACACUGCGUUGGACGGGGGAGGUUGGAGAUGCGUCGGUGUUCCGGGUCUGGGGCUCUCGUGCCUUUGUUCGCGAUACGUCCGCGGACAAGCUCUCCGCCCGCGCUAUUCCCUGCGUCUUCCUUGGCUUUCCCCCUGACGCGCCUGGCUGGCAGUUUUACCACCCCACCUCGCGCCGUGUCAUCCCCUCUCAGGACGUCACGUUUGACGAGUCGAUUCCCUUUUACCGUCUCUUCCCCUACCGCUCUGCCCCUCCCCCACCCCCGCCGCUCUUCCUUGCUCCAGGUCCCCCUCCGGUAGACCCCCUCCCCCCUCAGGGUCCUGCUCCCUCAGGUUUGUCUCAGGUAGACCCUCUCCCUGGUACUGUGCCUGUUGAGGUAGUUGUCGGCUCAGGUGCUGCUCGAGGUGUUGCGUCUGGGGGUGCUGUGUCUGGGGGUGCUGCGUCUGGUGGUGCAGAGCCUGGGGGUGCUGAUUCUGAGGGUGCCAGGUCUGGGGGUGCUGAGCCUGAGGGUGCGGAGCCUGGGGGUGCUGAGCCUGCGGGUGUAAGGCCUGGGGGUGCUGAGCCUGAGGGUGUGGAGCCUGGGGGUGCUGAGUCUGAGGGUGCGGAGUCUGGGGGUGCUGAGCCUCGGGGUAUUGCUUCUUCUGGCGGUCCUGCGGGUGCUUCGCCACGACUGUCUCCACGGCCGGAGCCUCUCUCCCGACAGCAGCUGCACGAGUGGUUUGCUCAGCGCACCCACCUUCAGAGUGGAGCUACCGGAGCUGGAGACUCUGCCGCUGGUGACACUGGAGCUAGAGGUGUUGGAGUUACUGCUAGAGCUGGUGGUACCGGAGGUGCUGCAGCUUCUGGUCCUGGGGGUGCUCGUAACAGGGGUACUGGAGCUGCCGGGACUGGUAGUGUUGGGGGCGCUGGAACUGGAGACCCUGCGGAGCCUGGAGGCGCUGGAGCUGGAGGCACUAGCGCUGGUGGUGCUGGAGCUGGAGGAGGUGGAGCUGGUGACGCUGGAGCUGUUGGCGCUGGAGCUGGAGGCACUGGCGCUGGUGGCGCUGGCGCUGGAGGAGCUGGAGUUGGAGACACUGGGGCUAUUGACCCUGGAGCUGGAGGCACUACUGGAGGUCUUACAGAGCAUCGUGAGCCUGAGUCUCGUCUUGCCUCGCCUGUUCGCACUGUUCGCACUGGUCAUGGGGUUCCUCAUCCGCGUCCUCCUCCUGUCCCCGGCACACACGCUAUGACACUUCGUCCUUCCUCUGUUCCACUGCGUGUUCCUCUGCCGCCUCCUCCUGAGUCCUCUCUUCCUGCCGUCCCUGAGCAUGAGUCUGACCUCGCUCGUGCUGCCAGUCCCACUGUCUCUCGUCUCCUCGCCACUGUUGUCACUGACCCUUCUUUUGAGUCCACUGCUGCGUCUGCCCUCGUUGCUGAGCUAGUUGACUUUGCUGCUGCCUGA